AUGGAAUCAGAUAGAUCAAAUUAAUUACAAGAAUUCGUAAUAUUGUUUUCUACAUAGUUAUACGAAAAUAUAAAAAGUUUUAAAUUUAGAUUCAUAAUAUAUUUGGGAAAUAUAGGUAGCAUUUGGAGAAGAUGA